GUAAAGUUACUCACACUCGGAGUUUAGACCGUAUCUGGAAUUGACGUAUAGGCCUAGUUGGAAUAGUGCAUUAGGAUCAAACCGAACGUAAAAGCUUGGAGAUACCUACACAAGACGGGAAGAAUCUAAUCGAAGGCUCUCGUCUAAUUCUGUCCCUUCAACCGAUGACGGGCUAAGCGAUAAAUAUUUUGGAAUUUUCAGUACGGCUUUGCAGCAGCUUAUGUGGGCUGCAAGAGUGCUUAAAAACCCUCUGAAGAAGACAUCUUACAUGUGCAUACAUGAGCAGGAAUGGACUAAUUUGGAGAUUCGUGCAAUCAGCUCAACUACAGGCUAUCGAUACCUUACAACACCCUGUGUUGGUUACGCAGACGACAUCAUAAUUUCGCGCCAUUGAGUCAUGAAUCUGCAAAUUUGUUGAAACUUUCACAAUUUUUUUAUCUUCGUCCGUCGAGUUAAAAUCAGCCAUGGAUAUGGGCAAAGAGCUGGAAACAGAGACCUAUCGAGAAGGAUAUCUCCAAAGGAAAAAGGGGGUUGGUAAGAGUGUAAAGAAGCGAUGGUUUUGUCUGAACCAAGAUGCUUUCAUCACAUUUAAAUCAGAAGAUGAUUCCAAAAAGAGUGAUCAGGAAUGUCUGGAUGUGCUCCCGCUCGUGGAUGUGCAGACGGUGAAGAAACAGAACACCAAAAAUUACAAGUAUUACCCCUUCGAGGUCAUCACCUUGCAGAAGACACUAAUAUUCUUAACUGACAGUGCAUACGAACAGGACCAGUGGGUGAAAGCAUUCCAUAAUGCCAUGAAACUCCGAAGUUUCAACCGACAGAAGUCUGACGUCACAUCCAAAUAUUCAAAUGGCAAAGACAGAAGAAGCAGUACCGGUGCGAGAAAGCUUUCUCAUAUAAAGAAGUACAUGCAAGAUAACAUCCGACCCGGCCAGCAGCGAAAAUCAUCUGGUGUGGAGUGCGACCUCGGCGAAACACCCGACUACCAAGGUAUCCCCAUCGGGCCCAUGGACGUCGAACAUGAUGACGUGUUCGAAUCCAAUAAAUCAAAAUCCUCGUCGACGACGAAGAGCCCACAGACUGUGCAAUACGUCGCCCUGCAUGGAGACAAGGUCGACGGCGGUGGUAUGAGUAACAGCGGCAAGAGUCGGGCAAGCGAUGACAGCGGACAGGGAUCACACGAAGUCCGUAAUUUGGACUCGACGUCGAGCGCGAAUACGGCGUCGUCUGAUGGCGACGUCGAGAGCGUGCCGUUAACGCCUCCACCCGUACCAGCGCCGGCAUCAUCCGGGUUAAGUCGAUCGAAGAAACAACGCGUGUUCGAGGACGAGCAGAUUUACGACGAACCUCCGCGCAUCGACGAGGAUAUUUACGAUGUUCCUCCUCGUGAAAAUGAAAGUGAGGAUGAACUCGAGAAUGAAGAGCAGGAGAAUGAUGAAAUGGAGGAAGAGGAGCGACUGGAAGAUGACAAAGAAUAUCAUUCAUCAGGGUUGAUCAAAUCAUCAGCUAUGAUCAAUCUACAGAAGAUCCUCCUCGAAGACAGCGAAGACGACGAUGACGAUGAUAUAGACGACAACGGCGAAGAAAGCGAAUACGAAAACGUUACCGGCCAAAACGACGAAGAUAGUUUAGAAACUGCAUUAACCGAAAAAGGUGUCGAAAAAUCAGCAGUAGAUCAAUUAAAAGAUUUGUUAGAGAGUUUUGAUGAUCUCUAACAAGAGCUGGGACUAGGACUUUGGAAUAAUUUGAUUGGAAAGCGAACACAAGAAAUAAGGUUGUGACAAGUGUGAUCACACGAACGGACUAGUGAUAAAUUGUUUGUAUUGUAAAUACUUAUGAAUGAAGGUGACGAACGAUCCAAAUAUUGAUGUUUGUAAUUAUGAGUUUCAUUUAGCUUGACAUGGCCACGAGGAGGAUCCAUGUGUAGGCCUACGAGGCGAGGUGGGAAAGGGAGGGGGGCUGCAGACGCCUGACGCUUUUUACAGGCAACCAUCACCUCAUUUUCAGGCAGUAUGGUGUCCGAAUUUGUUUAUCUUGAUCCUGUGUAUUUAGAUGACGAAGAAACAUUUUACCAUGUUAUCAUAAUAGAGGUUUUCUUUUUUUCUCAAUUGCUAGCAGAAUUUUGGAACAAGAUGGUUGAUAUUCGGAUAAGAAUCAUCAGCCCCCACGCCUUCCCCCUCUUGAGAAAAUGUGCCAGUACACCAUGGGUACAAACCAGAAAUCGCGAUGUGGAUUUAGUUAAUGCUGAUUUCAGAGACUUGCAAACAAUACCAAAUGCUCAUGAAAAUGCGACCAUGAUAUGUACUUAAAGAUUUAAACUGGGGGGGGGGGGGGUCAAGAGGUCAGGAAUUGCCAAUUUUUAUUUUUUAUUUUUUUCAAUUUUUACUACUUUCCUAGAUUUAAAGUGAAGCAAAAACGAACGCAAAGAAUUUCAAAAUCAAACUAAAGCAAUUUCAAUAUACAUGUAAUGAUCAUAGUCCGAACAAGAUUUCUAAAGGCAAUACAAUGUAAUUUUGAAUAUUUUGUUGAGUUUGUGAAAGUCUGUGCGUUCAUGUUAGAUAUUAAGGAGUAAAGACGAGGAAUCGACCGGAGUCUCAUGGGUUGACCACGUGAUCACCAACACUUGGACACCGGUGGCUAAAGAGCCUGAAGAGGCUAUAACUAUUAAGAUAUGGUGUCGUAUGAUAACAAUUCCCCAGAAGCCAUUCAAACAAUCGAAAUAGAAACUGCACACGUAGUUGUUCUAUAGUGGUACCGAUACUAGCCAUUGAAAGCCUGUGAAUGAGUCCUUCAAUACCUUCUGAAGUUCAAGUUUCGGUGAUGUUAUUUUGAGAAUGUUUGUUGUCAAAUCAAGCAGAUGCUUGAAACAUGAAGUUUCGUUGAGAUGAUCGAUGGCUACUUUUAAUUACCAAGUGGUUUCAGCUACGGAAGGGCACUAAUCCCCGCACUAAUUCGCUUCAGCAUUAGCAUAUGACGCAAAACUGACCUUACUCAUUUCAAAGGUAGUAAAAUAAUACACACACAAAAUACUUCUUCCGCAGAACAAUUGAACUUGGAGAUGUUUAUAUACAGUUUUAUCAUUUACCGUAUUCUGAACGAAAUAAAAUAAAGAAAAGGGUAUAUUCAAUUGGUAUUUCAUGUAAAUGGCAAUAACAACGAUCGCUAAGACUUUCGAGAAAUCCACUCAGACAAGAGCAAUACCGUAUUGUAUAUCCCAUGGAUAUCAUGACCAGAUUACGAUUUACGACAUUUUAAUGUUGAACAUUUCAAUAGAUGAUGAAAAAGGCUAUCGAAAUUGACAUGGGUUGACUGUUCGAUACUCUUUGCAAUGGUAAUAUCAUGCUUAUGAUUUAGGAAGACUUGUUUGAAUUUAUUUUCAUCAUUGUUUAUUAAUGAAUUCAAUACAUUGUACAAGAAGGGGAUAAUUUGUUUUUGUUUGCGUGUGCAGUGAUGGGAUGCACGCCUCCAACGAAGCUCAUAUUGUACGUUUUCUAAAAUGAUGCUGUCAUUCCUAAAAAAUAGUUUUGAUUUACUUCUAUAUCAUGUACAUUGUAUAUAUUGAACUAUUUUCCGAUCUUAAUGUUAGAUCAGAAUUUCAGAGCAUCUUGUACAUUUGUAUCUUACGUACCAAAUGCUGCCAGUGCCAUUAUGUUUUAUCAUAUUGGAGUACGCCAACAAUCAAUUGUUACUAUAUAAAGGGAAAUACUGAUCUCGGUCUACUUUCUGUUUGUUUUGAUGACUAAAAACAAAGAGGGAAAACAUGCGCAGUUUGUUUCUAUCUAUACAUCAUACUGCGCAUAGUUCAUGAGUUUUAUCUUCCAUUUGAAGCACAAAAUGACAGCUACUGUAAUUCAAUCAAUAAAUGUAAAUGCAUGAAUAUCCCCAAGGGCGUUUCCAUGGAUAUAGCUCUCUCCUAAAAAUCACGAGUAGUCAUUCCCUUUUCAAUCGCCAUACGAAAACCGCAAUCAUGGUCUCUCGUAAGCUAUGUUUAUUUUAGCGAUAGCUUUGAUAUAUUAUUUCCUAUAAAAAUGGCCUCAAUAUCAUGUUGGAUGGGAUGAGUUAUGAGAUAAAUAUAUUGGAUGAAUCAUUCACCAAGCCCCCAUAAACGAAGCCAUCUGUGAUAGUAUAUUGAGCAAGGUUUAGUCGAAAAGUAAAAUCAGAAUCUCCUAAUAAGUAAAAGCAUACGUGGAACUAAUUAAAUACUGAAAUGAAAUUAUAAUCGAUAAUUUUCUCAAACUAUUAGGCCAAAUAAAAUUAUUUCGGUUUCUCCUGCUCCGUCCAUUUUUCAGCCAGCCCCAGUAUUGUUAUUUGAUAUUUUUGUUCGGAAAUGAAACGAAUAAGAAACUGAGAAAAUCUAGAUAUUAAGGUCGACACAAAACAUCAAUGUAACACAAUUCCACCUGUUUUUGUUUAGCUCUGAAGUGCAUGUAAAAAUGAAAUAAUUGAAUAAGUUACGUUUUUAUUUCAACUGAUGUAUCAAUAGCAUUUUCAUGUACAAGAAAACUAUACCAAAUAAUAAAUUGAAUAACGGGAAACUCCCUCCUCAACAAAAAUAAUCAGGAUUUACUUGAAAGAUAAUUCUUUAUUGAUGCUAGUCCACACUUUCUAUAAUUAAGUAAGCCAUACCUAUGCAAUCAAUAUAUAAAAUUAAUUCACAUCAGUCAUGACGUAAGCAUUAAAGUCAAGUAGUGGCUUAAUUCGUAUUCGUUCUGAAACUAAGGGGACUUUGUCAUAAGAACAAGAGUUUUAUGAUUUUUUCUUCUCCAGGAUAUAAUAAUUGUGAAUGUAUCACAACCCCUAUAUUGAUAUCAGUGGCCGUAUAUAAUUUGAUUACAGGUAAGGAAAAAAAAAAAACCUUUUCGGAAGUCCAUCAGGUAAGACCAGAAGCCAUAAGUCACCGUGACAAAAUGGUUGGUAUUCUUGAAUGUUUUAAGCAUCCCUUUCAAAAACAAUUACGUUCAAAUUGAUUCUGAGAAUCCAAUUUCAAACCCUUCUAAAAAUAAAUAACUACUUCAACAACCUCGUCUAGUAAGGAAAUAAAUCAUGAGUAAAUAAUACCGCAAGCAAAUACAAUGUGGUUGUGGUAAUAUCACCGGAUUGUGCUUUAUUGCUUAUGAGUUCUUACCAUGCAUUGAAAAGUUUGUAUUAUAUAGAUUAUGUGUAUAUGUAUAUGCAUGUGUUAUACGUUGUAUAUUCCCAAAUGCAUGCAUGUACAUGAAACUGUGUGUAUAUUUCAUGUUAUUCAAUUUAUAUUUUGAUUCUAAAGAUUCGUGUCAAAAAAUGAGCAAUAAAGAACUUUAUCUCAAAUAAUAA